CUGUACACUAUAAUAACAUGAUGUUAUUUUAGUUAUUUACGAUACAAGUGCGAAAAAUAGGAAAUUCGUAACAAGUGUCGAUAAAUUAAAACACGACCGAAGGGAGUGUUUUAAAUCGACAAAUUACCUAUUCGCACAUGUAUCGUAUAACGUUUUACAGUACAUAUGACCCUUUUAAUUUUCGACAUAGUUACAUAAUAUGCUAAUUUACGCACUAGUGCGGAAAAGUAGCACGAUAUGUACUGUAAAUUAUAAUAAUAGGGCGAGUCAGGUACUUAAAACAGUGCACUUUAGAUAAAAGAUAAUUCAAUCGGCUUGCAAUUAUGCACUCAGCGCUCAGGUUCAAUAUUCAGUGUAUUCCAAUACAUUGAAAACGUAAAACAUGUUUAAUUUGUUAUUGUCAAGCGUUUCCCUAAUUUGUUUGGUAAAUUCGGCGAUGGCGCAACAUUCCAAAUGCGCGGGUUGUGUAUCGGAUUUGAAGGAAAGCGAUUGUGCAAAAGGAGAUUUUUUACAGUACGAUCCUAAAGUGUUAUUCGGAUGCUGUCCAGUUUGUCGUCCCGGCAUACCCGUACCUGGCAAGUGCAAGCCCCCCGCCAGCUGUCUGGCCGACGGGAGUUACGCGCCGGUGCAAUGCAAGGGAGAUUUGUUCACGGGGAGAUGUUUCUGCUCCGACCGCCGCGGGAACAGAAUAUUUGGACAAAUGUGGAGAGGCCAAGCAAAGAACAUGUCGUGCGCGUGUAGUAGGCGAAGAGCAGAAUUGGAAGCAUCCGAGAAGCGAGCUGUUACGCUCCACUGCACACGCACUGGCGACUACGAGCCGCUACAGUGCGACAACGGACUCUGCUGGUGUGCGCAACCGAGUAGUGGCCAACCUACAGUGCAACCUGUGCUUCAGACAAACAUGAAACGUCUUCCUUGCUACAAUGCAGUCGGCAUGGGUGAAAGUUACCUAAGAAGAUGUGAAAGCCCGGUUCAAGCUUUGGUUGAGAUACACAAGGAGCAGUCAGCACAUGGAACUAAGUACUUGAGCAAGUCCUUGACACUCUGCGAUUACGACGGAAGUUAUGGGGCUUAUAAAAUUCAAGGCACAAGUGCUUACUGUACGGGCCGAGACGGUGCCAUUCUAGGAGCAUGGACGGCCGAAUCAAGCAAAGUAGCCGGAAUGAAUUGUAAUUGCGCUCGCGACACGUCCAUAUAUUUCCCCGACGCAGGGAUGACGGUGGCGGAGACGUGCGAGAGCAACGGUAACUACAGGACGCAACAGAACAUCGGCGACUACUGGUACUGCGUGGACACGGACGGCUACGCGAUCGAUUGCACUGCAUAAAUAAUGGUGGCAUCGGUUCCAUUGCGAUUUAGGAAAUACUUGCAAACAUGCGUUCAAUUUAACGUUUGUAGUUUUUUAUACUUUGCUCCUCGGAGUUCGCGAAAUAUAGCCUGCGAGCGACUCUUUGCACUCUCGAGCGAUGUCAAAUUUUAAGUAAUCCAAAUCAUGGAAAGAUGAACAAUUUUCGAAAUACCAUUAAUGUUAAUAAAACACCUUUGUACAAGAGCAUCAUAAUUUAUAUUUCCAACGUUAUUUAUUGCUUAUAUUUCUUAUGUUUAGUUCGUACUUCGUGCACGUUUCUUAUGACGUUUAUUAAAUGACGUUGACGAUAUUGUGCAGUUUUACACGCAUGCAUUGUUCAACAAAAACAUUCUACAAACAAGACUAUUAGAUCAACACAAGAUGGAGCUAAAAUCAAAAGCAAAAUCAACAAGAGGGGGGGUAUUUCAAAAAUAGAGAAGUUUAAUAUGCCGUCUGUAAUCACGACAAUUUUAAGAGUAACAAAGGAGUUACGGCCAUUUUCCAUAUUCAGAUAUUCCAGGUCAACAUUCGACGGCAACGGCAUCAUCCAUACCUACCAUCGCCACCUAAUUUAUAUUUCAUCUCAACCCGUAAAGGAAUAGAUACAAAUAUCGCAUAUAAAUAAAAGCUAGUUUUUAUUAAGCCUUUUA